GCAGGUGGAGCCGGAGGAACAGCAGCCGGAGGAGCAGCAGGUGGAGGAGCAGCAGCUAGAGGAAGCUUGGGGAUUCUCUGCGUCCUGCUCAUGGCGUGCAUCGGUGUCAUCAUCUACAUCUGUGGGGUCAUGAAGGCCCAGGAAGCUGUCGCAGAAAACGUCAUCCACCUCGAGAAGGAAAAUCAUCAGCUGAUGAUGGAGAAACAAAUCUUGGAGAACGAGACCGAGGUGCUGACCAGAGACAGAGAUGAUCUCAACAGGACGCUCGGAGUCAUCAUGACGUUCCAAAACUUCCCAGUCAAUAAAUUCUGCCCAGACAAGAAGUGUCAGCCGUGCCGAGAGAGUUGGAUUCCGUUCCAGGAUCACUGCUACCAGUUUUAUGAGCAAUCCGCCCCCUGGAAGACAUGGGAUCAAGCACGGACAUUUUGUCAAAACACUGAUGCAGACCUGGUUGUUGUUGACAGUUUACAAGAGCAGGAAUUCAUCAAUAAUCACACCAAGUACUACUACGACAAGCAUCAUGGAUACUGGAUGGGAUUGCGUCAGAAUGAUGACAAGUGGAUCUGGAUCAAUGGACGCAAUGAGACUGAGGGGUUCUGGAUGCGGGAGAAAGUUGGUGGCGAUGAUAGAUAUGCGAUGACAUUCCCUGGGCAUAAUGCGACAGCCAGCUGGGGCCCUGCAGAGCGUAAAAUGGAGAACAAAUUCCUCUGUGAGCAUGAAGCCCUCAUAAGGACUCCAGGCAGUUAGCAUAUUGGGUUUUCUCGUUCCAAACCUUGCAUGCAAAUUGAAUUUUACAAAACUGUUCCACCAGCGUUUGGAAAAUUUAAGUGCACAAGCAAACACACAUAAAACAAUAAUGAAACAACCAAAGGGUGUUCUGCAUGCAAGUGUUCAUUUUAUGCAUCUAUCAUUUUGUGUUAACAAGUAGUGUUUUUAUUAGCUACGAUCAUUAUGGCCAAAUAUAUUUGAAUGUGUGAAAAGUGUAAAGAUAAGAAACCACAACCUGGUUUCCACCGAAAGUUCAAGAUCUGUUGCGAUGGAGGUUGGAGAUUCGACUCGUCUGUCAAUAUAAUUAUCUUUGAAUCAAGUCUAUUAAAUAUCAA